CCGGGAUACGGGGAUACGGGGGCACCCGGGUACCGGGAUACAGGGAUACGGGGACACCCGGGUACCGGGAUACCCAGCCGAGGGAUGCUGGGUCCUUGCGGAGCCCUUCCCGGGACACCCGGACACGAGGCAGCCACAUCCCUCCCCUCCGGUGACAUCCUUCCAUCCUGGGGUUUGGCAGGAUGGAGACCAGGGAUGUCCCCAUAUCUGUACCUGCACUGGCCACAGAGCCGCGGUUCGCCCAGCGCCUCAGGGAGCAUCUGGAAGCGGAACAGCUCCUGGACAAGUGCUAUCAGCUGCAGGAGAUGCCAGGGGGCCGCGUAGCCCUGCCUGUACUGGAGGAGAAGCUCUCCCUGCUGAGCCUGCCCCAGGAGAUGCCCUGUGGGCUGGUCCGCAUCCAGGACCCCAUCCCCUCCAGGGCAUCCCGCCGGCGGGCGCCUGCCCGGAGGCUGCGGGAUGAGCUGCGGCGGCUGCUGGGUGAGAGCUGGUCGGAGGAGCUGGAGCGAGAUGUGCCCCGCGCCUGGCAGCGGCACGGGGACCUGGUGCUGCUGAGCGAGGACAGCUUCAGGGCUGCACCCUGGGAGAAGCUGGGUCCGGCGCUCUGGGAGACGGUGGCCUCAGCGCUGGGUGCCCGGCGGCUGGCCAGGCGAGGACGGGUAUUGCCAGGCGGGAUGCGGUGCCCCAGUGUCACCCUGCUGCUGGGCCAGGACCCCUGGGUGGAGCAUGUGGACAAUGGGAUCAGGUACACGUUUGAUGUGACCAAGUGCAUGUUCUCACCCGGCAACAUCACGGAGAAGCUGCGGGUGGCAUCGCUGCCCUGCUCCGGGGAGGUGCUGGUGGAUCUCUAUGCAGGCAUCGGCUAUUUCACGCUGCCCUACCUGGUUCACGCAGCAGCCGCCUUUGCCCACGCCUGCGAGUGGAACAGCCACGCCGUGGAGGCCCUGCGCAGGAACCUGGUGCUGAACGGCGUGCAGGACCGCUGCCGUGUGCACCACGGCGACAGCCGGGAGGUGAGCGCUGCCGCCGGCCACGCACCCCAUCCCUGCAGGGCAUCCCCUCAGCUCCCUUGUCUCUGCUUCCAGCUGGAGCUGCGGGACGUGGCGGACAGGGUGAACCUGGGGCUCAUCCCCAGCUCGGAGGAGGGCUGGCCGGUGGCAUGCCGCGUCCUCAAGAAGGGCACGGGUGGUGUUCUCCACAUCCAUCACAACGUGGAGGCUCUCCCGGCUGAACGCGGCUCUCCAGAGGGAUCCAGCCCUGAUGGAGAGGCGCAGCACCCAAUGGAGGGUGGUGGGAAGGAGACGCGGAGGGCCAGGAUCAGACCUGAGUGGCAGAGGUGGGCUGAAGCCACAGCGGCGCGGAUCCGGGGCCUGCUGGCAGAGCUGCAUGGGCAGCCGUGGAGCACCAGCAUCCUGCACAUCGAGGUGGUGAAGUCCUACGCGCCCCACGUGCAUCACCUCGUCCUGGACCUCGAGUGCCGGCCCACACUGCCCACAGAGCCCACUGCCAGCUCCAGCAUCCCUCCAGAUCCCACAGGACGGUGAUGCUGGAGCACCGGGGGUGGGAGAUGCCACCACUGCCUGCUGCCAGCCUGGAUGUGCAUUGCAUCCCCUUGCUCCCAGUGGCAGUGCCUCCCGGUGGCACCGAGGGAUGUGCUUCCAUGGGAGAUCCCUCCAGGAGCCGUAUCCAGGCUGAGGAUGGAGUAAGCCGGGGCUGAGAGUGCCUCAGUCCUGCCUGUCACUGCCUUGGACACAUGGUGGCACUUUCAGCUCCGUUUUCAAGCAGGAGAGAGCCACGAGGGCUGAAUAAACCCUGGAUUCCUGCUGCUUUGCUUUUCAGUGAGCCAGGGACAGGCGUUGUGUCUCCAUUUACCAGCGUGCUUUUUCACUGUACUGGAACCAGGUCUGUUCAUCUCGGUUCCUUCUCACCUUUUGGCAGAAAUAAGGAUGUCUCUCACC